AUGAAGUUUACGGACUUUGCUCUUCCGGGUACAAAACCUUACCCGACGCGACAGUUUAUCAGAGUCAGAAGAGGCCUCCAUUUGUCCUACGACGAUCUUCUCCAGCGGGAUGUAGCCAAGCCAUAUGUACAUGUGGUAACAGAAAAAAUCAGGAAAGGGAAUGGAACACGAAAAGCUAGGAAAAAGAAAAGUAGACGUGCACCCAUCUCUGCUUCUUCACCACAACCAACCUUUGGAGUACCUACCUACCCGUCAUCCGCUCAGCCUCCGCUGGCUGCCCUCGUCGUCAUCAUCCGCCCCUUUCGCUAG